CCAUAAUUUUUUUUAUCUCCAUCAUUUAUUUUUCUUCAAAAAUCUCUCUCUUUUUUAUUCACUUCAUGUCUGUUCUUCACUAAUGAUUUUGCCAGCAGCGGCUUUAGUUCUUGGCAAGAACACGACAUUGCCAGCAUCGAAUCUUCUCCAGAUCCUUUUCUUCCACCAUUUACAGGUUCUCUAAUUCUUUCUAUAAAAAUAUCAAAUUGUGGAAAGAUUUUUGCAAAUUUCUCUGUAGUUUUUUGUUUGAUUAAUGAACAAGCUAAUUGGCCUGAGAGUAACAGGCGAGAGAAGCUCAUCAAUGGCUGCUGAUCAGCUUACGAAAAGGAACCAAAAUGAUGCCAAUCAAAGGAGAGAAAGUUGGAUGCUUGAUGAAAGUGAGAACAUAGAAAUUACAGUCAAAAAUGCUAAGAGGAAGAAGAAGACUCAUCUUCAUACUGAAGAGGAACUCCAUUGCCUUUUGCCUUCCUUUGAAUCCACUUCUUCAACAAGGAUGGUAACCACUCAUCCAACACUAAAAGUGAGAAAAGCGAGGAGGAAGACCCAAAAUAUUGGAGUUUAUAUAACUGUUCUACAGAAGCUUGUUUCUCCUUUUGGCAAGACUGAUACUGCUUCAGUGCUUCAUGAGGCUUCAGUUUACAUUAAGGCUAUGCAUGAGCGGAUUAAGUUGCUGAGCAAAACACAUCUGGAAUCGAUUCCUCAUGAUCUUGUUGAUCAGGGUAUGAACAAUGGACGUGAUCAGAGAUCAGAAAGCUUGCGAGGAAUGGGGCUUUGCUUGGUGCCAAUCUCACCGUUGAUCAUAAGCAUUGUGAAUCAUGAACCGUCGGAUGAUUGCAUGAGUGAGAGAGUGCUAUAGCCAACAGCUCAUUUUCUAUUUUUUUUAGGGGAUAGAAUCUGUAUUUGAAUUUGAAUUAUUAUUCAGAGAACUAAAUCAAUACAAUUGGGCGCCUUUCACUAUCA